AUGGUGUCUUCACUUCCUCAAGUCAUCAAUUUCCCACUCCAUAGGAGUUGCCAAGCAAACAUUGACAACACCACUACUUCGUCGAGCGGUAGCAGGCAAAAGGACACAAACAGAACGUCUAGAUCCUAUGUCGGAGAAAAUGCUUCCCAGCCUUCAUCCCCUGAUCGCGUCAGUGGCUCAGAUGCUGCUACCAUCCCAGUGAAGCUGCGCUGUGGCAUCCGUCCACGCGAGUUGCGCACCAUCUGGCGAAUCCAUUUGCAGUCUUUUCCAAUUGAGUAUGACCGAGCUUACUAUCGCUGGUUAUCAGGACCUGACUGCAUGAGUGUAGUUGCGCUGACUACGCCUGAGGCGUACCAAACGAUGCAGAAAUCACAGUAUGGUGAGGGGCCGCGAUCAGUACGAAAUAAAAAUAAGCAUGAGGAUUUGGCCUCAAUAACUCAGCUUAGCGUCGAACAGCUUUCCCGCAUAGACCCUCCCGCUGAAGGUGAUUCCAUUGUGCAGAGAAUGCGCGCCGAAACGGAUGAGAUGAUUCGUGAACUUGAGGACGUAGAGGAGGAAGUGGAAAGGGGGGGUAUGAUGGACGCAAACGAGCCGUCCCAUUCCAAGCACGACAAUAAUGUGACGGGAAAUCACGCUUCUGAUGAUGAAGGGGGUAGUAAUCAAAAUUUUUCAGUAGUAAUUGGCUUAGCAGCUGGGGAGCUUGGUUAUGCGCGGGACCAGGGUCGCCAUCUGUUCACUAACCCUACAUGCUACCUCUGUUCGCUUGCCAUCGAUCCAAUUUUCCGUGGUCUUGGCUUUGGAGGCGCACUGCUCGACCAUUUCCUUGACUACGUAGCGAAUGUGCCCGUGCGCGCCUCGUCGUAUCUGCACUACGACACCUCACGCAUCGCGGAGAUCUUAAAAACGACUUCGUCUUUCACCAAAGCCUUCAUUGAGGCAUCUCAUUUGCCAAAUGGUGGUAACGUCGGUAUAAAGGCCUGGGGUAGUGCGGACUUCUUGAGAGAGCCGGCUGGCGUGGCGACACCCACAGAGGGGGGACGGAAGAAGAAGAGUAGAAUAAUGGAAAACAUUUUGAAGUACGCAGGCUCAUGGGUUCCGUCUUGGCUAUGGGCCCGACGGACGCCGCAAAGGCAGACGGUGCAUGAUGUGCCCUCUGGCCAAGUUGAGUACCCCUCCUACACGAGGGGUCCUGAGUUAAAUACCCUCUUUGAAGGGUUAGCUUCCUUGGAGCGAGAUUGGGCGGGGCAGGACCCGGUCGUUCAGCGCGGUGUGCGGGAGGUUUGGCUUCACUGCAUUGCCAACGAUCUUUUCCUUAUGAAUUUUUACACUCGGCGCGGCUUUCGGCUGAUGAGGACAAUUAAGAAUUUCUACGAUACUGAUUCACUAGGGUUCGAUGCGAACUUUCUUCUAUAUACCACUAAGCCAUCCCCGCACGGCAGGCCUCCUAUUGAUGCCAAUUUCUCGGACAGAAGAGAAGACGGACAACACAAGGACAGCUGCAAACUUAGAACGCAGCUUGAAAGGAUUCAAGAGACAUCGCCUUCUUCAAAGGACGAGGCAGGCGGCUCGAUGCAAGACAAUUCUUUUAUUUCAUGCAAGGAGACAACGGCACCAUCUUUUUUAUGGCUAACCCCAUCCGUCUACAAGGACAUCUGCCAUAUAGAGACGAUGUCAUUUGAGAAAUGCCGGAGGGAAUGGGAAAUGUCCAUGUCCUUAUGGAGAGAUUCAGCUACCGUACAAACACCUGCGUUAAACUCAAUUAAAGAGAUCAUCUUCACCUACAACGCUGUAUUAACAGUAUUAACGGUGUCCUGGUUGCUAUACAAGAUGACUUCCUGA